AAACACAUUUGCCAGGAAGAGCCAAGAGCACCUUCUGCGACGCUUCUGCAUUACUUAAAUCUCCCUUAAGCUAGAGUUCAUUUCAGAACUAAAACCUGACGUACAUAUUCCACUUUGCACUUAGGUGUUAAUUUUGUAGAAACUCCGCCAAAAGUGAAGCCAUAACAAGCAAAAGAAGCAAAAGUGCGCCAUGAAAUUCCGAACAAGCUGACGGUGUCCGCUGUGGUGAGGACCAAUAACUUAUUCACCACGCUCGGGCAGAGCGACAAGCGCUAGAAAGGGAUAGCGACAGAAAGAGACUCCGCUGUGGUGAAGACGUCAGCUACGGCACCUUGUUUACAUUUCUUUAACAGCUGACAAAUCAACAAGAGGACACAUUUUGCACGCAAAUAUUUAAUUUACUAAUUGCUCAACGAUCACAGAUUGUAUUUGCUUAGGCAAACGCAGACGGAUAUUUACUCAAACUCCGCGCAAGAAGAACGUUUUUCACACUUUCACAUGGAUCCUCCCACGCAACUCAACUCCUGCAGCUGCAGAGCUGCUUUUGCUCCCCUUUUUUCACCCAAAAACAAGUCUUUGCAAAAACUUUUCCGCCAAAAGGAAACAAAAAGAAAAAGCUUUUUCUUUCGCAGCUAAAAACAUCUAUAAAAGCGGGACCGCGUCACGUCAGCGGAUUCAGUCGAUUUGGGUGAACCGUCAGCCGCUGGACUCUGGGGAAGAGGAGACGCCGCAGUCCAAGUCGAAGUUGCAGCAGAGUGGUAUUACAUAACGUGCAAAAAGUGAAAGUGGGAAAACAUGUUUUAUGCGGUCAUCUGGAUUUUCUUUGCCACUUUGUUGGCUGUGCUGCUGGGCGGGGUGCGCAAGCCGAGAAGAUUUCCGCCAGGACCCCGCUGGUACCCCAUCGUGGGCAGUGCCCUGCAGAUCUCACAGCUGCGAUGUCGCCUGGGCAUGUUCUGCAAGGUGAUCGAUGUGCUGGCCAGUCGCUACGUGAAUCCCUAUGGCUUCUAUGGCCUGAAGAUUGGCAAGGACAAGGUGGUGAUUGCGUACACAAACGAAGCCAUCAGCGAGAUGAUGACCAAUGAGGACAUUGAUGGCCGGCCCGAUGGCAUCUUCUACCGCCUGCGCACGUUCAACUCCCGCUUGGGCGUGCUGCUCACCGAUGGCGAGAUGUGGGUGGAGCAGCGUCGCUUCAUUCUGCGCCACUUGAAGAACUUUGGCUUUGCCCGCAGCGGCAUGACGGACAUUGUGCACAAUGAGGCCAGCUGCCUACUGCAGGAUCUCCGCUCAGUGGUGCGCCGCGAGGGCGGGCAUCAAGCCCGGAUCGAAAUGCACGAUCUGACGAGCGUCUACGUGCUGAACACCUUGUGGUGCAUGCUGAGUGGCCAGCGCUACGAGCCGGGCUCUGCGGAGAUCACCGAACUGCUGGAGACCUUCUUCGAGCUCUUCAAGAACAUUGACAUGGUGGGCGCGCUGUUCAGUCACUUUCCGCUGCUGCGUUUCAUUGCGCCGGACUACUCCGGCUACAAUGGCUUCGUGGCGAGCCAUCGUGCGCUCUACACCUUCAUGAGCAAGGAGAUUGAGCUGCAUCGACGCACCUAUCGCAACUACGAUGAGCCGCGCGAUCUGAUGGACAGCUAUCUGCGUGCCCAGGAGGCGGGUGGCGACGACAAGGGCAUGUUCUCGGACGAAAGUCUGCUGGCCAUCUGCCUGGACAUGUUCCUGGCUGGCUCAGAGACCACCAACAAGUCGCUCGGUUUCUGCUUCAUGCACCUGGUCCUGCGUCCGGAUAUACAGGAGCGCGCCUUUGCCGAGAUCAAGGAGGUGGUGGGUCUGGAGCGCAUACCAGAGUGGACACGCGAUCGCUCGAAGAUGCCCUACUGCGAGGCCAUCACCCUGGAGGCGGUGCGAAUGUUCAUGCUGCACACUUUUGGCAUUCCCCAUCGUGCGGUCUGCGAUACGCGUCUGGCUGGCUACGAGAUACCCAAGGACACAAUGGUCAUUGCCUGCUUUCGCGGCAUGCUCAUCAAUCCGGUGGACUUUCCCGAACCGGAAACAUUCAAUCCCGAGCGUUACCUCUUCGAUGGCCAGCUGAAGCUGCCAGAGGCCUUCAAUCCCUUUGGCUUUGGGCGUCAUCGUUGCAUGGGCGAUCUGCUGGGACGCCAGAACCUGUUCAUGUUCACCACCACGGUGCUGCAGCACUUCAAGCUGAUUGCCAUUCCGGGCCAAAUGCCGGAGGAGGUGCCACUGGAGGGUGCCACAGCGGCAGUGAAGCCAUACGAGAUUAUGCUGGUGGCCAGAGCACCUGAACAGGAAUGCUGAUCCAGCUGUGUGUGGGUCUACAAUUUACAUAUAUUUUAUAGGUUUCUUGUUGUUCCCAGUUGUUGUUAGUACAUAGAUCAAAAAGGUCCUGGCCAUAUCAUCUUUAUGCUGAAAUUGUUUCCUAAUAAACUUUUGAAAAUUUGAA